CAAAAUCUACACCACCACAAGAUCAGGAGACGCCUCAAACGCGGCAGCACCGGCACCGGCACCGCUCAGAACCACGACUUCCCCAUCGGAGUCCACAUCGACAAUUACGGAAUCGCCCUCCUUGAUCUCGCUCGCGAGCAUCUUCUCGGCCAUGCUAUCCUCCAGCAGCCUCAUAAUAGCCCUCCUCAACGGCCUCGCCCCAUAGCUCGGACUAUACCCUUCCUCCACCACCCGAUCCCUAAACCUAUCCGUCACCUGAAGCUCGAUAUCCCUCUUCUUCAACCUCACAACCACCUCCUUCAACAUAAUAUCCCCAAUCUCCUUCACCUCCUCCUUCGUCAGCUGCCUGAACACAAUCAUAUCGUCCAACCUGUUCAAAAACUCUGGCCGAAAGUGAUCUUUCAGCUCCCCCAUCACCAACUUCUUAAUAUUCUUAUAACUCCGAUCCUCCUCCUCCUCCUCCUUCUCCUCCUCCAAUUGAAACCCAAACCUUCGCUUGGGCUUCUUGUUCCUCUUCUCGAGAAUCACACUACUCCCGAUAUUCGACGUCAUGAUCAGAAGCGUGUUCUUGAAGUCAACCGUGCGGCCCUUGCCAUCGGUCAAACGCCCGUCCUCCAAAAUUUGAAGCAUCAUAUUGAAAACGUCCGGGUGAGCCUUCUCGAUCUCGUCGAAGAGUACGAGCGUGUAGGGGCGCCGGCGCACGGCCUCGCCCACGUAGCCAGGUGGAGAGCCGAUGAGUUUCGAUACGGUGUGGCGCUCCAUGAACUCCGACAUGUCGAGUCGUACCAUGGCGUCCUCGGAGCCGAAAUAGUAGGCGGCGAGGGCCUUGGCGAGCUCGGAUUUGCCGACGCCGGUGGGGCCGGAGAAGAUGAAGGAGGCGAUGGGGCGGUUGGGGUUCUUGAGGCCGACGCGGGCGCGGCGGAUGGCGCGGGAGAUGGCUUCCACAGCCUCGUCCUGGCCGACAACGCGGCCGUGGAGAGUGGAUUCCAUGCGGAGGAGGCGGGAGGACUCCUCGGAGGAGACCUUGUCGACGGGGAUGCCCGUCCAGGAGGAGACGAUGCGGUGGAUGUCGGCCUCCGUGACGGUGGGGCCGCCGUCGCCGGACUCAGACUCGGCGCGGGUCGCCUCCUUGUUCUUGCUCACGAGGGCGGACAUCUGGGACCG